GCAUGGGAAAGAUUCGAUCUUUUCUCCUCCCUCCUCCGAUCCGCGGCUCGUCCAGAUUCGCCGGAAAGCUGCUGACUUUUCGGUGUUUGUAGAGUUCUUGAGCGAAAGGUGGAGAUGGGUCAAGCUCAGAGUUACGAGAAUUCUCCGUCGGCUUCGACCUCGUUGCCCGAGUCUGAUGCUGCUGACGCUUCGUCUUCUCCCAUGGGUUCUCUUCUUGCAGAAGCUGCAGCAUAUGGUGGUGGUGGUGAUGAGAAUGAGUCAAUCGAAGCGAAAGCAGAGAAAGCACUCGAAUGCCCUUGUAUUGCAGACUUGCGUAGUGGCCCUUGCGGGUCUCAGUUCUCCGAGGCCUUCCUUUGCUUUCUCAAGAGCACAGCCGAAGAAAAGGGAUCAGACUGUGUGAAUCCAUUCGUGGCGUUGCAGAACUGUAUCAAGGCUAAUCCAGAUGCGUUUUCGAAAGACGUUUUGGAGGACGAGGAGAAAGUAGAAGAAGGAACCGAGAAAAAGGCAGAGCAGGCGGUUCAUGACAACUACAGAAUCAUCCCUCCCAUCUGGGCCAAGGAGCCACGCAGUGGUAAGUCCAAGCUUUAGCAGAGCAACAAUGGAGGAGUUUUAGCAGCAGCAGCAGAAGCAGAAGCAGAAAUUCUUCUUGUUGGAUUCUAUUUUGCCAAAAGAUGAAGCUUUAACUCUCUCCCAUGAAGAUUAAAGACUCUCACAGUGAAUUGUCAAAGUUGGAGAACUGCAUGCUUGAUGUUUUAAUCGUAGUUCAUUAAUUACAUUUUAUUAAUUAAAAUAAGCUAAAAAAUUGCAUAUUUUGGAUGUUUA